GCGCCGUUGGCCUUUAUAUAAGUGUGACGUCACCAGUGACGCUCACAUCUUUGUCAGUGAACAAAAUGGCAACCUACUGUCUCACUGUCACCCGGCUCCAGUUGGCUUUGGGCCACGGUGCCCGCCGCCUGCAUGUGUCAGCUGCUUACAGAGCCAAGGCUCAAGUGUCCAUGAGCCGCUUUGAACCCACGUCCUACGUCAACUACAACAAAAUCCGCUCCAACGUGGACAUUGUGAAGAAAAGACUGAACCGGCCCCUCACUUUGUCAGAGAAAAUUGUAUACGGCCAUCUUGAUGAUGCCCACAACCAGGAGAUUGACCGCGGGCGCACAUACCUCCGCCUGCGUCCGGACCGUGUGGCUAUGCAGGACGCCACAGCUCAGAUGGCCAUGCUGCAGUUCAUCAGCAGUGGCCUUCCAAAGGUGGCAGUGCCCUCCACCAUUCACUGUGACCACUUGAUAGAGGCCCAGAUUGGAGGCGAGCAGGAUCUGGCCAGAGCCAAGGACAUUAACCAGGAAGUAUACAACUUCCUGGCUAGUGCUGGAGCCAAAUAUGGUGUUGGCUUUUGGAAACCAGGUUCUGGAAUUAUCCAUCAGAUCAUAUUGGAGAACUAUGCGUAUCCAGGGGUCAUGCUGAUUGGCACAGAUUCCCACACGCCUAACGGUGGUGGACUUGGUGCCAUCUGCAUCGGAGUUGGAGGAGCUGAUGCUGUAGAUGUGAUGGCUGGAAUCCCCUGGGAGCUCAAGUGUCCUAAGGUGAUUGGAGUGAAGCUGACAGGAUCUCUUUCUGGGUGGACCUCUCCUAAGGAUAUCAUCUUAAAAGUGGCAGGCAUCUUGACAGUCAAAGGAGGCACUGGAGCCAUUGUGGAGUACACUGGACCAGGAGUUGACUCAAUUUCUUGCACUGGAAUGGCGACUAUUUGCAACAUGGGAGCAGAGAUUGGAGCUACCACUUCAGUGUUUCCCUACAAUCACAGAAUGAGGAAGUAUUUGGAAAAGACUGGACGUGGACAAAUUGCUGCUCUUGCUGAUGAAAAUGCAGAUUUGCUGGUGCCAGAUGAAGGCUGUGAAUAUGAUCAGAUCAUUGAGCUCAAUUUGGAUGAGCUGAAACCCCAUAUCAAUGGGCCAUUCACCCCCGACUACGCGCACCUUGUAGCUUCUAUUGGUGCCACAGCCAAGGCAAAAGACUGGCCACUGGAGGUCAAAGUUGGGCUUAUUGGAAGUUGUACCAACUCCAGUUAUGAGGACAUGGGUCGUUCAGCUUCAUUGGCCAAGCAGGCUUUGGACAAAGGCCUUAAAUGCAAGGCUCAGUUCACAGUGACCCCUGGCUCUGAGCAGAUUCGUGCCACAAUUGAGAGAGAUGGAUAUUCAAAGAUCUUUCACGAUGUUGGAGGGAUUGUCUUGGCCAAUGCAUGUGGUCCUUGCAUUGGACAAUGGGACAGACGAGAUGUUAAGAAAGGAGAGAAGAACACAAUUGUGACUUCAUUCAACAGAAACUUCACAGCCAGAAAUGAUGCCAACCCAGCUACACAUGCGUUUGUCACAUCGCCUGAGAUUGUCACAGCUCUUGCCAUUGCUGGUACACUAGACUUCAACCCAGAGACGGAUUACCUCACAGCCCCCAGUGGUGAGAAGUUUAAGCUGGAGCCCCCAUAUGGAGAUGAGUUGCCCGCCAAAGACUUCGACCCAGGUCAGGACACCUACCAGCACCCCCCCGCAGACGGCAGUGGGCUCAAAGUGGACGUCAGCCCAACAAGUAACAGACUGCAACUGCUGGAGCCUUUCGACAAAUGGAGCGGAAAAGACCUGGAAGAUAUGCGAGUGUUGAUAAAGGUGAAAGGCAAGUGCACCACCGACCACAUCAGUGCGGCUGGACCAUGGCUGAAGUUCCGUGGUCAUCUGGACAACAUCUCCAACAACAUGCUGAUCGGAGCAGUGAACAGCGAGAAUGACGCCGUCAACAAGAUCAAGAACUACUUGACAGACGAAUACGGAGGAGUGCCAGAUGUGGCCCGUCACUAUAAGGCUAAUGGUGUUUCCUGGGUUGUUGUUGGUGAUGACAACUAUGGUGAGGGAUCCAGCAGAGAACAUGCAGCACUUGAGCCAAGACAUUUGGGAGGAAGAGCAAUUAUCGUCAAGAGCUUUGCUCGCAUUCAUGAAACUAACCUGAAGAAGCAGGGACUUUUGCCACUUACCUUUAGCAACCCAUCAGACUACGACAAGAUCCACCCAGAUGACAAAAUCUCAAUCAAAGGACUUAAAACAUUUGCUCCAGGAAAGCCCCUCACUGCAGUGGUGAAGCACAGCGACGGCUCAGUGGACACGUUUGAACUGAACCACACCUUCAAUGAGACGCAGAUUGAAUGGUUCAUGGCAGGCUCAGCUCUCAACAGGAUGAAGGAGCUGCAGCACUGAGCUGUGUGGUAAAGUGCCAGGGGUAACAGGGUCACGCAAGUUGUGGGCAAAGGAAGAAUGUAGAAGCUGGAAAUAAGUUGUCCAUAUCCACAUUAACACACUAGACUGAAGUAUAACUGUUUUAGAGCAAAUAUAAAUGUUAGCCAGCUAAUGACUUCAGACUAAGUGCCUAGCUAAUGUCGAGAAUGGAGCGUAACCACUAGUCAGCUGCUGGACCACAGUUUAGAGUGGAAACAAAAGAGCUCACUAUAGACAAAUCCUUGACCCAUGUAGUGACAUAACGCACUACCAGCUGAUGUGAGCAGCUGUCCAAAUAUGUCCGCAUAACAAAGAGGACACUUCACUUAUGGAGCUUUGUCAGCCAUUUUGUUUUAGGGAGUUUUGAGUUGUGCAUCUCAAUAACAAACUCAGUUUUGUCGUAUGCCAGAUAUUUAUUUGCAUUUAUUCAGUGCAGUGUUUGUUUUAGGUACGCACAACACUUCAAGAUCCAUUUCGGGAAACCCAAACCCCCACCCCACCCCACCCCACCCAGCCAUUGCCCUAACCCACAAUUAGCCGACCUGCUUAUUACCUCUGCCCUGGUUUUAAGGUCAAGCACACCAUAUGGAUCUUCCUGUUUUGUAUUUAUUUAUGAUUACUGAUUGAUUCUGCAUGCUCAUUUUUGUUCAAGCAGAAUGUGUGUGAGGAAUUUCCAAAUUAUCAGCACCGUUUCUUGUAAAUCCAUUUCACUAUGACAUCAAAUUAUUAUAGCUUUGUGCGAACUCGGAUGACAAAGAAAAUAUAUACCUGGCUCCUUUAUAAAUAUGUCUGUAUUACUGUUUGUCAGCUGCUUCUAACUGUAAAUUUCUAGGCCCAUGUACAUUGAAGUAAUUAUGUGUUUGCUCCCACAUGAUCUUUUGUGUUGCAGAAAUGCCUAUGGAUUGUACAAUAAAAUAAAUCUCUCCUUUAUUUACUUCAA